AUGAUCAACAUAAAACUCUUCAGUCUUCUCAUUCUUUUGUUUCUUUCUGCGGCUCUUGCCCUGCUCGAAAGCGACGGUGACUCGGUUCUGUCCAAUUCACUCCAUAAACGUAAUUCUGCACUAACGGCAGAUUCCCAAGGUAUUUGUCAUACUUAUACUGUCCAGGCAGGAGAUAGUUGUGCUGCCCUUGCCACUCAAUAUGGAAUCAGCAGGGCCAAUAUUGAGACCUGGAACAUUGGGGUUUGGGGCUGGACGGGCUGCAGUGGAUUGAAGCAGGGUGUCUUCAUGUGUCUCGGUUCUGGAAAACUUCCAAUGCCAGUAGCUCUCCCGCAUGCUACCUGUGGUCCUCAGGUGCCUGGUACUAUGCGUCCUCUCGGGAUGUCUGAUCUUGGCUCCCUUAACCCGUGUCAUUCUGGUGCAUGUUGUUCUAAGCUAGGUACAUGCGGAACCACUGCCGAUUUCUGUGGUACGGGCUGUGUUUCUAAUUGUAAACUGGAAGAUGCUCCGACCAAGAAGAUUGCUUCUUCUGAAACGAAUGCAAGUCUUCCGAGCACAACUUCAAAAAUAUCCAGCAAAACUACAAGCACCACUUCGAAGAAAACACGAAAGGUCACCACCAUCACCAAAAAGUCAAGCACAACAACCGAGAAAAAAGCCACCAAAACUACAAGCGAAACACCGGUUCCUGCAUGGCAACUUACAAUCUACAAGGAGAAAGGUUGCAAGGGCGAAGAAUACAUCUCACUCCAAGGGCACGACACGAAAGACAUAUCCUGCGUCAAUCUCUCCGACAAUCUCAAUACAGACAUCAAUGAUAAACAGACCUCGUGUCGGCUAUGGACCGACGGCGGCCUUAACUGGGGCAGCUGCAAAGGCCAAAAGAUCACCCAGCCCAAGUCGUACUUUAUUACUCGUGGUCAGUGUCUCGUGUACGGUGAACGAGAUUGUGCUACGAAAUCCUACCAAGGGGAUGUCAGGAAUCCGGCAGUCGGCUGCCAAUUUCCAUAUCAGGCCAGUUGGUCUCCGGAGGAUUUCGUGUCUAUCAGAUGCUUUGAUAACGAAUACGGAGUAGCUGGUGUUCAGAGUAGUUGGUAUCCGGAUAAAGUUAUCAAUGGAUAA